UACCCAGUUUUCUGAUUUUCUGCUUGUAUUUUCAUGCAUGUGUCACACUUCUUCAAAACAUGCCGCACAUGGCAUGCCAGCCACAAAAACCUCCAUUUGUUUAUGCUGCUUAAAAACCCUAGACAGCCAAGAUAAUAUGCUAAAAAUGUAUCCUACACACUCUGCGUUGUGGCAUGAUAAUUACUAGAAAAUGUUCUCGAGGAUGUCGACAGCUCAUGCGUUACAUCCCAUAAAUGUAAAAAUAAAAUAAGGUUCCUCCACGCUAGGACUCUCUAGAGAUAUGAAACUAUUGUUAGCUAUAUAUAUAGGAUUCUAAGAAAAAAAAGGUCAGUCCUCAAACAGGAUUCCUCGCGUCGUUGCGUGCAUUCAGUUGCAUUUACAACUUCGGAGACGCCGCACACAGUCUCUUGUUACGGAUUGUACGAAGAUAUUCGAAAUGAAGUUGACAAACACACCGGAAUGGGUUAAUAAACAGCUCUUUACGGGCUUACUCAAUCAUAAUUAUAAUGAUUUUGAAACAAUUAAAGAAUUUGUAUGUACUGCAGCGAUCAGUGGAGGCGAAAAUUAUCUGACUAUUGUGCUGCGCAUUGAAAUUGAAAUGCAAAUGAAAGAUAAGAGUAACAAAGAGAUUAGUUACAUAUUGAAAAUUCCACUGGUAAACGAUCGUGGAGAUGAGCACGAUUUUCACGAUCUGUUUGUCACGGAAGCUGAUAUGUACGAUCGUCUAGUGCCCGAGCUGGAGAAACUAUAUGAGAAACACGCCUCGAUCCCGGUGAAAUUUAAGCCCAGACACCUCAAGUUCCCAGAGAAUCCACCCAGUUGCGAUUACAUAUUGAUGGAGGACAAGGGUUAUAGGAAUUUGGAGCGUAUGUUUGGUCUGGGACAAACAGAAAUGAAAGCCGUACUCAAAAAACUGGCUCAAUGGCAUGCUGCCUCUGCUCGCAGAGUUUCAGAUAAGGGAGACUAUCAGAAGAGUUACAUCUACCCGGAGCACUUCAAAUGGAUCGAACAAUCGAAUAUCAAGUCUAACGUGCCCUUCUUAGAAUGUUUGCAGCACUAUGAACUCGAUCCGGGCCAGCAGCUAUUAAUUAGCAACUACACCUCUCGCAUGACAGAGUUGUAUAUGGAUUUUGGUCGUAUAUCUCCAACAGAUUUUUCUGUACUCAAUCACGGAGAUUUUUGGUGUAACAAUUUUCUUUUGAAAGUGAAUGACGGAGAGAUUGAAGAUGUGUGUUUUGUGGACUUCCAACUUCCCAAGUAUGGAACUCCGGCUCAAGAUUUAUUCAGUUUGCUAAUGACAGCACCAAACAUAUAUAUCAAACUGGAGCAAUUCGAUAAUUUUAUAGAGUAUUAUCACAAAGAACUCGUCAAUCAUUUAAAAUUACUCAAAUAUGAGUGCAAAAUACCAACACUAUCAGAACUGCACACAAAUCUUCACAAAAAUGGUCUCUGGGCAUUUGUAUGGGCCCAGAGAAUGCUGCCCUUGUCGCUUUACCCAGCUAGCUCCGAUUCCAAUAUAGAAAACUUCAUGGGCGACUCGGAUGCUGCGAUGCAAUUUCAGCGCAAUAUACUUCUCAAUCCCAGUUAUGUUAAACAGAUGAAACUAAUAUUACCUUGGCUCAUUGAAAGAGGCUACAUUAACUGAACAAGCGUCACAAACUACAAUUAUACAUACAUAGACAAUAUUAUUCGCACAAUCUAUUAAUCAAAAUAUA